AUGAACAAGACUCACAUGGAUAAAAGACUGAAUCAAUUGCCAACUUGGCUGUGGACUAAUUCCACUACUUUACCACCAAUCUAUAAGAUGGUAUGGGAAGCGGUGAGAGAGGACAAACUCAGAACCAAUGGAAUGCAAACCGAGCUAUUGGUCGAUACAAACAAAGUCUUUCCUUUAUUGCUCACUAGUCAGCUUCCUACAGAAGUCCUUGGACACAUAUGGAAUUUGGCAAAUCAAAAGUAUGCUGGACAACUCACAGAGCAAGAAUUAUAUAUUGUUCUUGCUCUUGUUGCUGCAGCACAGGCUUCUUACACGUUCAAUAGCCUAGAUAUAUUACAUCUACUUCCAUUUCCACCUACUCCUUAUUUGAACAUUGAAUGUUUAAUGAAUCUACAGCCUGUAACUCAGUUAAAUUCUGCAGCUAAGUUUCAAAACCUUCAAGAAAGUUCUGAAAUCGGGUUUAUUAGCUCUGAUGAAAGAUAUUCCUUGGAAGUUAAGGGAAAAAUGAAAUUGCAUCAACAAGGAGUCAUAUCUUCAGACUUAAAUGUGCAAAUGACGAACAAUGUACCUGGAAAAAUUUCAUGUUUUGAUAAUAAGUCUUAUGUCUCUUCUACUACCAUAUGGGAUUCAAAUAAUGUAUCAAAGGAUAUGAAGCAAACUUCCCGCCCUCAAUUAGAUUCUAAACAUCAACCAACAGCAGAUCUGUGUGAUGACUUUUCUGAAUUUCAAAGUGCUCCAAUUCCUAACAUUCCUAGUAUUCCAAUUUGGGAUACAAAACAGGGCUCAGCCAUUGGAAGUAGACUUGCAAAUCAUAAUUUAGGUAUUAAAAAACCAAUGGAGAAGUCAAAGAAGAAUAAUAUAAAUGCUAAAUCUGCUCAUGGCACUACUCAAACACGUAUUACAUCUUUACCAUUAACUACAAUGUCUCAGAGUAAAGAUCAAUCAACAUUGGAUUGUUUAUCAGAAUUAUUUCCUAAGUGUGCAAUAAAAAAUCAAUCUAAAACAGUAAUUCUUAAGGAUACAGUGAUAAGAAAUAAUGAUCCGCCCAAGGACCAUAGUGAGAAUGUAAAAGAUUAUACAAGUACAGAAAUUAUAAAUUUACCUAAUGACAAAGAUGUGUUGAAUAAAUUAGAAUGGAUGGAUAAGGUUUCAUCAACAACAAUGGAAUCCACUCAACAGGAUCUUAUGAAUCUACAACUUGUUGAAGAUAAAUAUAGUGCCUUGCGUGCAUUGGUUCAAGAAACAACUGUGUCAACUGAACCAGAGGCAAACGCAAGUUACAGCAAUCAAUCAACUGAUGAAUUUGGAGAAUUUGUGUCUGCAGAACAACCUGCUAGUAAUACUCCUGCCACAAAUGCUUUAGAUACUGACAGUUUUGCCGAUAUUUUUACAGAUUUUGAGUUUAAAUCUACUAACAAUAAUAAUGCAAACGCAGCAGAUUUUAAUCUUAUGCCAGAUAUUUCUGAAUCAUUUGACAAUCUUAAGCUUGAGGAUAAUGUAGAAGAACGCUCCUUAGAGAUAGGGAAAGCUCUUCAGAAGGAAGAUGCCAUAUCAAUUAAUAGUAUAGAAUUCAUGAAUGGUGCAUCAAAUGCAUUAACUCGAUCAGGAUCUGUGCCUAGUUUAGAUCUUAAGUCUUUCUUACCGUCAAAUACUGAAGAUGAGCAAAUAGUAGAUACUACACAUCAGUCAGAAUAUUGGGAAUGGAAGCAAUACAUGGAGAGCUGUGUAUUAUUAUUACAAGUAGCUGCAAAUAUAUUUACAAACAUUAGUUCAGAACUUGUAUUACAUGAAGUUUUAAAUUCAGUACAAGGAUACAACUUUCUAUGCAAUUUAGCCGAAGUCGCAGCUGUUUGUAGACGGGUUAAUUUUUCAUAUAAGGAAAUGGAUAUCAAUAUAAUAGGUUUUGAUGAGCUAUUAAUGGAUAUUGAUCGAAUUUGGGCAGAAAUGGAACCAUUUUAUGCAAACAUACCAAUUGUUACGGAAUUACCAGCUUGGCCUUUACAUCAAGGUGAAGCCAUUUGUUGUUCACUUUGUUUAACAGUUAUUACUAGUGGCAGGGUAGUUUAUAAUGAAAAUAAUUAUCACGUUACUUGUGCUAAUCUAUGGCUUAAUUGUGUAAACAAUAAUUUGCCCGUGAUGCGGCAUCCAGUCUGUUCUCAUUUGAAUAUGUGUCCAGGUAACAAUCAUAUUUGAUAUUGAUCUGUAUUAGAAAGAAAAAAACAGAAACUUAAAUUCGUAAAUUUUUAAUGUACACACAUUAACUUAUUACAUGAGAAUUUGUAGAAAAUCAGAGCAAACUAACUUUGUAUUUAGCUAUAAUAAUUAGAAAAUCAAAUAUUACCAUUUUUUAAAAUUUAUCGAAUAACACGAACAUGAUUUGAAAAAGUGAUGUGGAACGUGUUUAUGAUAAGAGAAAAUGGAUUCCACACAAGUUGUAUAUAUUCUUUAAAUUCAAAUGUUUUCAAGAUAUUACUAACUAGUCUGUUUAAAAAUCUGUACAGAUAUUGAGAGAUUUAGAGGAAAUAUUAAUAUAUUGUAAUCUUUUGGAAUUAGAGAAAAUGUAAAGAGUUGCGAGCAAAUCUUGCAAAAAUCUUAAUUAUAGUCAAAAAGGUUGAAGGAAUUAGAAGAGAAUUCUUGGAACCUGAACAAAAGUUCAUAUCAAUCAAAUCAAUAUAAUAUUUUCAUGAAAAUCUUAUAAAAUUCUUAGUGCAAAUACUAGAUAAAUAAUUACAAUAUUCUAAUAAAUAAUAUUACAAGAAAAUAUGGUAGUAAUAAUACAAACUUUGAAAUUA